AUGAACUGGCAUUGGACGCUUGUCUUCACGGUUCUGGUGAACUUGGCGAAGGGGAAUGAUGAAAAUGGCGUGGACCCAUCUCCAGAUACAUACGAACCGUCGUGGGUUUACAAGUGUGAAGCGGAAGACGGUUGCGAGAGGUCGGAGCGGCCAGAGCCGACCACCGGCGUGGGCAACUCGUCAUUUAUGGUCUUCGAGAGUCUGGACGUGUGCCGAACGGUGUGCGGCCGCUACGGCGGCCUUUGGCCCCAGCCGGUGACCGCUGUGCUAAGCACGCAGACUGUGAAGAUCCAUCCAGACUUCUUAAGGUUCGACCUUGAAAACGCCCCUGUUGAAACCAGAGAACUCCUCGUUGAAAUGACCCGGGUCGUCACUGCCAAUCUCCUUGCCGAAUGCAACGGGAAUGUCACGGAGGUCGUCGAGACUCCGGUAACGGUGUACAUAUCGGUGACGUCACCUUCGCUGGUCCUCAGCUGGGACACGGACGAGCAGUAUUAUCUGGACGUGCAAAACAAAGUCGACAACGUUGCGGUGCACGUAUCGGCGCAGACCGUUUACGGCGCGCGACACGCCCUGGAAUCCCUCACGCAGCUGAUAGCAUCCGACAGGCCGGAUUACUCAAAGAGGCGUCAGUGCGGCCUUCAGAUGGUCGCCGGAGCGAAGGUCAGGGACCGACCCGUGUACAGACACCGCGGCCUAGUUCUGGACACUUCUAGAAACUUCAUCCCGAUGGCGGACGUGAGGAGGACGAUCGACGGAAUGGCCGCCACCAAGAUGAACGUGUUCCAUUGGCACGUGACGGACUCCCAAAGCUUCCCGCUGGAGUCGAGGAGUGUGCCGCAGUUCACAAGGUACGGUGCGUAUUCGGCGGACGAAAUAUACAGUGCGGAGGAAGUGCGCGAGCUGAUAAGGUACGCGCAGAUACGCGGAGUGCGCGUUGUCAUGGAGAUCGACUCGCCCGCGCACGCUGGCAACGGCUGGCAGUGGGGCAAGGAAUACGGCUUCGGGGACCUGGCGGUGUGCGUGAACGCCCGCCCGUGGCGCCAGCUCUGCAUCGAGCCGCCGUGCGGUCAGCUGAACCCGGCGAACCCGGCGAUGUACCGGGUCCUUAGGGACCUCUACAAGGACAUCGCCGAGCUGCUCCCCAAGCCGGCGCUCUUCCACAUGGGCGGGGACGAGGUAUACUUAGGCUGCUGGAACUCGAGCAAGGAGAUAGUUUCGUACAUGAAGACCAAGGGUUUCGAUACGGACGUGGAGGGCUACAUGCGGCUGUGGGCGGAGUUCCACGCGAAGGCGCUGCAGAUCUGGGACGAGGAGAACGGCGCGGCCGGCGACCAGCGGCAGCCAGUGAUCCUCUGGUCUUCCGAGCUCACGCAGCCCGAAAGGAUCCAGAGCUAUUUGGACAAGGACAGGUACGUAAUAGAAGUUUGGGAGCCGCUGAGCAGUUCGCUCCUGAACCAGCUGCUUCGGCUGGGCUACAGGACGAUCUCCAUACCGAAGGACAUCUGGUAUCUGGACCACGGCUUCUGGGGCAAGACGAAGUACUCCAACUGGCGGCGGAUGUACGGCCACCUGCUGCCCCGGGACCCCAACGUCCUGGGCGGCGAGGUGGCCAUGUGGAGCGAGUACGUGGACGCCCAAGCGUUAGACACGCGCGUGUGGCCGCGCGCCGCGGCCGCCGGCGAGCGGCUGUGGAGCGACCCGCGCGGGGGCUUCGCGCCGGCGGAGCCGCGCAUGCAGCGGCUGCGCGGCCGGCUGCGCGCGCGCGGCCUGCGCCCCGACGUGCUCUCGCCCGCCUGGUGCGCGCACCACGACUCGCGCUGCCUC